AUGCCAAUUCGUCAAAUGAACAACCCGUCGGCCUUGAUCCAAACAAUUCCGACCUUGGACGGCAAUUCGGUUACGUUCCCGUCUUGGCGCAACCGACUUCAGAACGUUCUACAAAUCCAGGGAGUUCUCGACAUUGUAAACAAAACGCUGCCUCGUCCAAAUAACGCCGACUCGAAGGAGGGCAAACUUGCUGUUCGAUCUCCAGAACAACGAGGCUACAACCCCGAGGACUACGGCGCUGACUGGGAUGCACUGUCCGAUAUGGCGAUAUCAACGAUCCAACUCACGCUCUCGGUGGACCUAUCAAUCCGCUAUGAAGGGGUCAAACCGGCUCACAAACUUUUCUCAACCAUAUGUGAUGCAUAUGAGAAAAAUACUCGGGCUAGGCGACUCCAACUUGAGGACGCUUUCUGGACGGCACGACAAGACCCGAGUCAACCCAUCGCAAAGUGGAUUGCUCGAGUCUGUAUAGCGGCCUCGGACCUAUCCAGUGUGAAGUUAACGCCGGCCGAUCAACAGAUAUGUUAUCGACUCCUGCGAGGCCUCGAUGAGUCCUGGAAGACCAUACGAGAUCACCUUGUCUACUCACCAACAGAAAUCUCCUUGGACGAUGCGAUCGGCGCCCUCGAAGCACAUGAGAUUUCGACUUCCACAACUCUUGACUUCUCGAACUCAGAGCAAGUCGCUGCUGCCGCCGCAAAACAAAAAGGACGGCCGCGAUGCUAUCGAUGCGGCGAGAAAGGACACCAUUCGGCUGAUUGUCCUAACCAACAAAACAGGGUCAAGUUCAAAAACUCCACUAAACAACCCGAGGCGCGCGCGGGAGCAACUUUGGUGGCAACGUUGGGCAACUACACCUCAGGAGAUGAAGACGACAGCUUCGACGAAGAAAUCGACGUCUGGGGAUGA